ACUAUCGCCCUCUUGUAAAAUUUAACUCGAAUCUUUCCAACUUCCUAUCAUUAAUAUUUUAGCAUGUCGAGAAAUUGAACAAAAGACCAACUAUUUAAGCAUGUCAAGAAAUUGAUCUUAUGGAAUUUGGUUAAGGGAAAAGGUGCAGAUACACCCCUCUAGGUGUAGCCCUUAUUACGUAUACCUCCCCUUAUUUACUGUAUGUACAACUAAACUCCCGAACUCUGAAAAACGGAUCAAAUAAGUCCCUCACCCUAAACAGCGUCUUCUGACCGUCAGUCAUCCUUUUUUUAAAAAAAAUUUACUAUGGGGCCCACAUUAACGAAUUGCAAAACAAUUUUUCAACAGUCAAUUGAAUAUCCAUUGAUGAAGCUCCAUCUCCGAUUUCAACUAAUACAUCAAUGGAAAAGCACGUUCAGAGGCUCCUCAAUCGAAUCUUCGUCGCCGCCAUAACCGCGACCACGCUAAUCCUCCUCCUCCUCUCCAUCCAAACGCCGCAAACCUGCUUCGACCCGAACCCGAAGCCCCACACCUGUUUCCCCAAAUCCACCUGCGACUUUCACCCCCGACGCCUACACCACAGUCGAGAAGCGCAACCGUCGCGUCUGGUCCACCAAGGCCUGGACCGUUGCCGUUGUCUCCAACGCCUCCUUCUUCGAAACCCUCCGGGCCCGAAACCACAUCGCGAACCACUCGCACGUGCUGGUCGUCUCCGCCAGGCCGGGCCACGCGGUCCGGGCCCUCAGGGAUUCCGGCGUCGAGUACAUGACGGGGGUGGAGGUGGUGGAGUGGCCGCCGCUGGUGAGCCGCGCGGUCCGCACAAUUUGCUAUUUUUCGAUCUAGGGUUUGGCGCGUAUCUGGAUCUGGCUCUGUUCCCGGCUAGGUACGUGGGGCAGAUUGAGCGCACGGUGAAGCGCGGCGGUGUCUGCGUGGUGGCCGUGGAGGAGUGUGGGGCGGAGGAGGUGGUGCAGAUUGUGAAAUUGUUCCAGAAAUCGUUGUUGUCUUAUCUUUCACACUUGACAUAACCUAAUAAUUCUUUGAAAACAGAUGAAUCAUUCUUUGUGAAAUCAAAUUGAUUUGGCACAUUUGAAUGCUUUGUGUUGAGUGAGAUUCCAUUGGAAAAUAUGUGUUAAAUUAAUUCGAGCU